UCCGCUCCCAAGUGGGAAGGCCGGUUACGAGGGCUCGUCCGAGGAGUACAUCGAGGCGAACAUCCAGCUGGCCCUGGCGCUCAUCCGCCGGCUGCAUGGCGCCACGGGCACCACCGCCAAGAUCGUGCUGCCAGACGGGCCUGAGAAACGUCGCUGCUCUCGUCGGUUCAAGGCUGCAUUUGACAUGACUGACGGCGUCUCUCUGGGUUGCUUGGAGGACGACCCAGUGGCAGCAGGGGGCGAGACAGGGGUGGCCAGCCAAAGUCAGCAGAGCAGCGGUGGUGGCGGUGGCUUCUUCUCGUCGCUCAAGAACGCCCUUGACCUCGACUUUGGCGGGGAGGAGAAAGGCGAGUGGCUGAUCCCCUGCCGCUCCGACCUCUACGUCAUCACCAACUGCAGCUGCCAGGAGCUGCCCGCUGUCGAGCGCUACAUGGAGAAGCUCCCUGCUGGCACUCCAGUGCUGCUGUUCAACCUGGAGCUCGACACCCUCAGAGCCGACCUGGGGCUGCUGGGCUUCCCCCCCAAGGACCUGCACUACCGCUUCCUCGCGCAGUUCCUCCCUGUCUUCUACCUCCGCACACGCGACUACUCCAAGAGUGUGGCUGUAGCCCCGUUUAUUCUAAACUACAGUGGAGCGCUCUUCAGAAUGUACCCAGCGCCCUGGCAGGUGAUGCUGAAGCAGGAGCGCACCGGCUCCUACGUGUGUGUGGCGGAGGGCCCGCAGCGAUUUGCCCUGGGAGAGGUGAAGGAGGAGCUGCAGCGGUCGUUGGGGCUGGAAGACGAGGAGGGGUCCACCAUGCAGUUCCUGCGGCGGGGGUACAAGACCACAACGUGGUGGGAAGAGAAGUCGGAGCAAGAGCAGUCCACGCAAUGGAGAAGCUGAGCAACCUAUCGCCUUUCUUGUGUUCUUCCAACUGGUGUGCUGCUGAGUCCUGCCAUAAAGUCAUUUGUUUUUCAUUACUGAUGAGUUAGAACGAUCUGUAGGAAGUCCCUGAUAUGGUAAUAAAAAGCACACACAAUC